CGUCCCCCCGACUUCUCCCCAUUCUGCAGCCCCCAGGACCUUUCCCAGGAGCUCAAAGCCUUCCUCACCGGCUCCGACCCCGCUCUGGGCACCCCUCUUUCCCCCCCGGACCACGCUCGCUGCGCUCUCCGCCUCCUCCGCCGCCUCCCCGCCGCCCGCCACGCCGUCCUGCAGCACCUGGCCGGCCUCUUCGACGACCACGUCUGCGCCCACCUCCGCCUGCGUUCCGAGAUCCCUUCCACCGCCCCAGGCCCGGCCCCUCUCCUCCUCCCCCCCUCGGCCCCCUCGGCGCUGACGGAGGUGAUCCACGAGGCUCAGCGCCUGCUGCUGGCCUUCAUCAAGGCCAAACCCGACGCCUGGGCUCCGCUGCUGGCCGCCUGGGCCGUGGAGCUGCUGGGCCAGCUGAGCAGCAAGUACUCGGGGCGGCACGGGGCGCGGGGGCUGAACGAGCUGCUCCAGCUGUGGAUGUCGUGCGAGGCCACGCGCACGCUGAUGGACAUCUACGCCCAGUGCCUGGCCGCGCUCAUCGCCUCGUGCCCGGACGCCUGCGUGGACGCCCUGCUGGACACCUCGGUGCAGCACUCGCCCCACUUCGACUGGGUGGUGGCCCACAUCGGCGGCUCCUUCCCCGGCACCAUCAUCAGCCGCGUGCUCUCGUGCGGCCUGAAGGAUUUCUGCGCCCACGGCGACGCUCUGGGCGCCGGCGCCGACAAACGCGUCCCCAAGCUGGCGUCGGUGGUGGGCAUCCUGGGCCACCUGGCCUCCCGCCACGGAGCCAGCAUCAAGCAGGAGCUGCUGCGCAUGUUCCACGAGGGCCUGGCCCCCGGGCAGCACAAAGCCACCGUCCCUUUCCUCCUGCAGCUGGCCCUCAUGUCCCCGCCGCUGCUGGGGACGGUGGCGGCCGAGCUGGUGGAAUCCCUGAAACCUCCGGUGCUCAACCAGCUCCACCAACGCUUCUCCCCUCUGCCCCGGGACGAGCUGGACGCCACCGUGGCCCUCCUGGUCCGCCUCAUCUGCCAGACGUCGGCCGGCGCUUACCGCACGCUGCAGUUCCUGCUGGACACCGCCAUGCCCGCCUCCGUCAUCACGUCGCCGGGCCUGGCCCUGCACGACGGCGUCCGCGAGGCCUGCGACCGCCUGGUGGCCCUGCUCCUCCUCCAGCUCCAGAAGCUGGUGCACAACCGGGCCGCGCCGAGCCCCGGCGAGACCCCCCCCCGCCCCGUCCCCUUCCUGGAAGCCCUGCGGCCUCACGUGGGCGAGCUGUGCGCCGAGACGCUGCGGCUGGAGCGCAAGCGUUACCUGUGGCAGCACCAGCUGCUGGGGCUGCUGGCCGUCUACGCCGCUCCGCACGGGGCCCCCGAGGCUCUCUUCCACCUGCUGGCCCUGGCCAAGGGGCAGGAGGAGCUGGCCCUGGCCACGCAGCUUCACGCCGUGCUGGCCGCCAGCCUGGCCGACCUCCCCGCCGCCGCCGCCUGUCAUCCCAACGUCACCUGGUGGUUCUGGGUGUCACCCAAUGUCACCCAGGGUCCCCUUGGUGGCACCUGGUGGCACUCAGUGUCACCCAAUGUCCCCUUGGUGGCACCUGGUGGCAGGGAGUUGUCGCCCAAUGUCACCGAAUGUCACCCAAUGUCCCCUUGGUGGCACCUGGUGGCACUCGGUGGCACUCAGUGUCAUUCAAUGUCCCCUUGGUGGCACCUGGUGGCACUCAGUGUCACCCAAUGUCACCUCGUGUCCCCUUGGUGGCACCUGGUGGGACUCAGUGUCACCCAAUGUCACCCCAGUGCCACCAGGUGCCACCCACGGGAACGGCCUCGUCUCCCGUCAAUCACUCCCGGACAGCCAAUCAACACGCGCCUCUCCCCUCUAUCCCCGCCCACCUCGUUGCCGCUCAGCGCAUGCGCAGCGGCAGCGGGGGCGGAGCCGUGUGGCGUGAGGACCAAUCAGCGCCGAGUGGAGGGGCGUGGCUUAGCGUCACUUCCGGCUCGGCGGCGGAGCGGCGGCGCGAAGAUGUUCUAUCACGUGAGCGGCACCGGGAAGGGCGGGAGCGCGGGGGNGGGCUCCUCGUCGCUGCUGGACACCAACCGGCGCUUCACGGCCGCCGUGGAUUUCUCGCCCGGCGUCUGGUCCGUCUUCCACGCCGGCGUCAUCGGGCACGGCUUGAAGGCGACGGCGGGGCCGGCGGCGCGGGGGCCGGAGGAGGUGGCCCGCAACACCCACGCUUUCCUGACCGUCCUGCUGCGCUGCUGCCGGGCCACCGAGCCCUGCCCGCCCCCCGUCCCCGCCAUCAGCCCCGAGGCGGCCAAGACGGUGGCCUCGGCGCUGGUGGACAGCGUGUGCCCGGCGGCGGCGGCGGCGGCCGGGGGGGAGCUUUGCUGGCCCCCCGAGGAGCAGGCCCGCGGCACGGUGGAACGCGACCUGGGCAUCCUGCGGCGCUUCCGGCAGCAACCCCUGCUCUUCCCUUUGCUCCGCCUGGUGGCCCUGGGCCGCCCGGCCCUGUGCUACUGCUCCGUGCUGCUUCGGGGGCUGCUGGCCACGCUGAUGGCUCACUGGGACGCGUGCCGGCACGGGGACACGGCCGCCUCGCCCUGGCACCUGCAGGCGUCGUGCGCCCUGGUGGCGUGCAUGGCCGAGGGCUCCCUGCUGCCGCCGGUGCUGGGGGAGGUGCAGGAGCUGUUCCCCCGCCUGGCGCCUUUCGAGGUGCGGCUGCUGCUGCUCAGCGUCUGGGAAUACCUGCGGGAGCACAGCCCCCUGCCACAGCGUUUCAGUUUUCAACCCCAGCGCGGCCUCUUCCAACGCGAUUUCGCCCGGGAAGGGGACCCGGGGAAGUACCUGGUGGCCCUGCACAGCGUGCUGCACCGCAACGUCGACCGCCUCGGGUUGCUGGCCGGACGCUUCCGUUCCUAGGGUGGCGGCGGGGGUCGAGGAACGGGCGCCUGGUGGCAGCUGGGGGCGACCGGGUGGCAUCGAGGGUCAAGAAAUGGCGUCUGAUGGCACCUGGAGGCACCCAGAUGGCACUGAGGGUCAAGAAAUAGCACCUGGAGGCACCCAGAUGGCACUGAGGGUCAAGAAAUGGCGUCUGAUGGCACCUGGAGGCACCCAGAUGGCACCAAGGGGCAAGAAGUGGCAUCUGAUGGGACUCAAACCACACCUGGAGGCACCCAGAUGGCACUGAGGAUCAAGAAGUGGUGUCUGAUGGCACCUGGAGGCACCCAGAUGGCACCGAGGGUCAAGAAAUGGCGUCUGAUGGCACCUGGAGGCACCCAGAUGGCACUGAGGGUCAAGAAAUGGCAUCUGAUGGCACCUGGAGGCACCCAGAU